AUGCUGAAGUUUCAAACCACGACCAAGGAGGACCUGAAACUGGCCGCGGCCAUUCAGCGCAGGCGACAGAUAGAAGCUGAACGGAAGCAACGGAUAUUCAAUCCACGAUUCAGGAAAAUAGGGAUAGACAAGGAAUUCUUGGACAAACAGGUCGCGGAAAAGAAAGAGCAACGUGAGCUGGAACAGGCCCGAGAAUCCGAGCUCGACGAGAAUUUGAUCCGCAGCAGCAACAUCGGCUUGCUGCUAGAGAAACAACAAGAAGAGGAAAGACGAAGGAUACACAGAGAGAUUGAACAUUUUCGACAAAACUACCAGCGGGUCGAGCAACGCGAGGAUCGCGACACGAAGAACGGCGAUGGCGGCGAACCUUUCGGAAUGGGUUUCGGGCAGAGAUUCGAGGGCGAAGACUGUAAUGGAAAGGAUCGCUCGAAGGCGAAAAAGGAAGAGAUGAGGUGGUGGAUCGAGAAACAGAGGAACGAGCGUGUACAGGCGGAGAGAGAAGAACAGGAAGCCGAGAAAGCGUACCAAGCAGCCGUCAUCUCCAGGGACAAGCGUGCUGUGGCGUUAGAUCAGAUGGAACGGGACUGCCGUCGAAGGUUGAACGAAGCCACCGCGCGAUUUAAUCGAGCCCUGGCAGAGGAACAGGAGUACCGCCGUCACUGCGAAGCCCUACAAGAAGAGGAGGACAAGAAGGCGGAUAUCUACAAUCACGUGACUGGGGACUUCCUUAUGGAAGCCAAAGAGCAGGCGGAGAGCACUCGUGGACCGUCGAAACCGUUGGCCUCGCGGUACAAGGGCAUGAAUCCGGACGAGCUUAGAGCUUUCAGGGAGGCGCAAGCGAACCAGCUGAUAGAAAUUCAGAAAACGAAAUCGGAGGAGAAACAGAGGAAGGAGGAGUGGGAUCGGUUAACGAACACCCAGGCGGAGAUAGCUGGAAUGUACCAGCGUGAGGAAAGUCGGAAACGAGUAGAGAUGAAGAAGAAGGUAGCAGAGGAGAAUUUGAAGCUGGCGCAGCAGCACAAGUCCCAUCAGGAUUAUCUGAAUCGUGUUCUUUAUGUCAACAAACCGAGUGCUGAAUUUUUCGAACAAUUCAACAGAGAUGCUCGUUAA